GCGCACGUGCUACCCGCCUACGCCGGACUGAGCCGCGACGCUGCCUUAGUGGAGACCGAAACCAUGGCGAGCCAGCUCAGAGGUUGGGUUUCUUACCCGCUCGGCACAGGCCGCGGUCUCCGGUUCGUCUGGCCUCUGCUGAUGGCGGAACCGGGGAAAGACUGAGAAUGGGCGUGCUUACAUUAUCGCCUCCCCCGAGUCCCGCCCCUUCUCCCCUUCACUAAAUCGGUUGGCUGCCCUCCUGUCGGUCAGAAGCUGGUGUCACCAACAGCGUGCGGCCGACUCUGAAGCUUGUUUGGCUAGUGAGGCUGCGGGCCACGAGAGUGCCUUGAAGUAACUUUAGGAAGUGGAAGAUGCCAGAAAGUAACGCGGCAGAGGGUAGCAACAGAAGCGAGGAGCAGGUGUCUGGUGCUAAAGUCAUCGCCCAGGCCCUGAAAACGCAAAAUGUGGAGUACAUGUUUGGCGUCGUGGGCAUCCCCGUGACCGAAAUCGCCCUUGCUGCACAGGAAAUGGGCAUCAGGUACAUCGGGAUGAGGAAUGAGCAAGCGGCUUGUUAUGCUGCCUCUGCUGUUGGAUACCUAACGGGCAGGCCAGGAGUAUGCCUUGUCGUCUCUGGCCCGGGUCUCAUCCACGCCUUGGGUGGCAUGGCAAAUGCAAACAUGAACUGUUGGCCCUUGAUUGUGAUUGGUGGUUCUCCUGAAAGAAAUCAAGAAACAAUGGGAGCCUUCCAGGAGUUUCCUCAGGUUGAAGCUUGCAGAUUAUAUAGCAAGUUCUCUGCCCGGCCAACCAGCAUAGCACAUAUUCCUCUUGUUAUUGAAAAGGCUGUGAGGAGCAGUAUAUAUGGUCGGCCAGGUGCUUGCUACGUUGACAUUCCUGCAGAUCUUGUGACCCUCCAGGAGAAUGUGAAUUCUAUAAAGUACAAGGAGUGCUGCAUGCCACCUCCGGUUAGCAUGGCUGAAACCCCUGCUGUGUGUAUGGCAGCAUCUGUUAUUAGAAAUGCCAAACAACCCCUGCUCAUCAUCGGAAAAGGUGCUGCUUAUUCCCACGCAGAGGACAGUAUCAGGAAACUGGUGGAGCAGUGCAAUUUGCCGUUUUUGCCCACCCCUAUGGGGAAGGGUGUUGUCCCUGACAAUCAUCCAAACUGUGUAGGCGCAGCCAGAUCCAGGGCUUUGCAAUUUGCCGAUGUGAUUGUGUUGUUUGGUGCAAGACUGAACUGGAUAUUACAUUUUGGACUGCCUCCAAGAUACCGCGCAGAUGUGAAGUUUGUUCAGGUUGAUAUCUGUGCAGAAGAACUGGGGAAUAAUGUAAGGCCUGCUGUGACUUUGCUAGGAGACAUAAAUGCUGUUUCUAAACAGCUUUUGGAACAGUUUGAUAAAACCCCAUGGCAGUAUCCCACAGAAAGUAAGUGGUGGAAGACCCUGAGGGAAAAAAUGAAAAGCAAUGAAGCUGUAUCCAAGGAAUUAGCUUCCAAAAAAUCCCUCCCUAUGAAUUAUUAUACAGUAUUCUACCAUGUUCAAGAACAGCUACCCAGAGACUGUUUUAUAGUAAGUGAGGGAGCAAAUACUAUGGACAUUGGCCGUACAGUACUUCAGAACUACCUUCCUCGUCACAGGCUCGAUGCUGGUACCUUUGGAACAAUGGGAGUCGGUCUGGGAUUUGCUAUUGCAGCUGCUAUAGUGGCUAAAGAUAGAAGUCCUGGGCAGCGGGUCAUCUGUGUGGAAGGAGACAGUGCCUUUGGAUUUUCUGGCAUGGAAGUGGAAACCAUCUGCAGGUACAACUUGCCAAUAAUCCUCUUGGUAGUUAACAAUAAUGGAAUCUACCAAGGUUUUGAUGCUGACACUUGGGAAAAAAUGUUGAAUUUUCAAGAAGCUGCUAUAUCUGUCCCUCCAAUGUGUCUCUUGCCAAACUCACAUUAUGAGCAAGUCAUGACUGCAUUUGGAGGCAGAGGGUGUUUUGUACAAACACCAGAAGAACUCCGAAACUCUCUGAAGCAGACACUGGAAGACACAAGUAAACCCUGUCUUAUCAAUAUCAUGAUUGAACCGCAGAGCACACGGAAGGCCCAGGAUUUUCACUGGCUCACCCGUUCGAAAAUGUGAACAAACUACUUGAUGGUUUGGGAAUUUUCUACUUUCUAGCAAGUAGAAUUUACUUUUCCUAGCAAAAUUACCAUACUGCUAAAACUGUAUUUUAAAAUAUAUUUUAAAUUAUGUUUAUAGUAAAGAAAUUAUCUAAAAGCAGAAA